ACUUCCACCUCACAUUCACACCUCUGAUCAACCAGGGCACAACAUCUGAUCCAUCACCCAAGACAUAGCACCUGAUCUAUCGCCCAAGACACAGCAAGACAUGGCUUCUAUGGGUCUCCAAGUCCUGGGCAUUGCCCUUUCCAUCAUUGGCUGGCUGGGCAGCGUGAUUACCUGCGCCCUUCCUAUGUGGAGGGUGACUGCCUUCAUCGGUAACAAUAUUGUGGUGGCCCAGAUCGUUUGGGAAGGACUAUGGAUGAACUGUGUGGUGCAAAGCACAGGGCAGAUGCAGUGCAAGGUCUAUGACUCUAUGCUUGCCCUCCCCCAAGAUCUCCAGGCAGCCAGAGCCCUGAUCGUCAUUGCCAUCGUGGUGGCUGUCCUAGGAGUCAUGCUGUCCAUCAUGGGAGGCAAGUGCACUAACUGCAUUGAGGAUGAGUCUACCAAAUCCAAGAUCAUGAUUGUUGCUGGGAUUGUCUUCAUUGUGGCCGGAAUCCUCACCCUGAUCCCAGUCUCCUGGUCUGCAAACAACAUCAUCCGAGACUUCUACAACCCACUGGUGGUGGAGGCACAGAAGAGAGAGUUGGGGGCAUCCCUGUACAUCGGUUGGGCUUCAGCUGCUCUGCUUCUCCUGGGUGGUGCAAUGCUCUGCUGCAACUGCCCACCAAGGGACCAGAAACCCUACUCUGCCAAAUACUCAGCGGCCAGGUCUGGACCAGCAAGCAACUACGUUUAAUCAGCCUUGUAAGGGACAAUGAUUGCCUUGUGUUUCAGCCAUCUAAGGACACAGGGGUUUGGGACAUUUGCUCACCAUCUCGUUUUAUUCUUCCUUGAGCUAUUCAUACAAAACCGUGGCAUUAGCCACUCUUAAAAGACUUGUCAUCAUUCUGGCUUUUUCCUUCACUCAUGCUACAAAUGAACAAGCCCAUGCAAGGAGAAUCACCUGCCAGCCCCACCCAGCAGAGGACGCUGAAGACUAAUCAGGCUGUGAAAUGCAGGGACAGUGACUCAUAAUUUGGGUGGAGGUGCAUAACUUGGAUUUGGGGGUAGGAGUGUUGGCUGUCCUUUUAAAUCCUUAAGUAGGAGGACAGAGAUUGGUUUAAGCAGAUGCAUACAGACUGUGUCACAAGGGCACCCCUUGUGGUCAAAAUGCAACACUGCAGUGAAGCGUUCUGUAUGUCAAGUCAGACACAUAGGGCACACUCAGGGAUAAUACAUCAGCAGUUAAAAGUACUAACAAGUGAAAUAUGUUGAGGCAAAGUGGGAGGGUGGCAGGACACGUUGGGACCUACUUGUGAACUACACUAUUAGUGAUUUUAUUCUUAACCAAAUGAGAAUAUGGAAGUUGCAAUAUUUCAGUAUUCAUUAUUUCAUGCUGGAAAAACCGUCUGCGCCCAUUGCUGAAAUUCAGUUCCCACCUGCAGCUUAAAGAGCGCAGAUGGUACUGUCAUUUAGGGGGGUGCAGACGUUUUCCUGGUACCAGUGCUUUUCUGAUUUAUCCAAAUGUGAGAUGUAAAGUUUAAUGAUAUAUUGCAUAUUUAAGACGUAUACUGUAACUGGCCUGUAUAUUUCCAAUAGGUUGUCGCUAUAGAAUACCUUCUCCUGCUCUGAUCUUCACCUUCCAAAGGUGUUAUUUUUAUGAAACUUCAGGUUCACAUAAAAGUAAUUGCUGCAGAACCUCUAUAUAUCUGUGCUUAGUCUGGAUAUGGUCUCUGAUAUAUCAAUGAAGAAUGCCAAGUGUAUGUUUAUUGCUAUCAUUUUGUGACCAAUUAUUUUUAUAUUUUUUUCGUAAAUGUUUAUUGUAUUCAUAAAUUGUUUCUAAAAUAAAAAAAAAAUGAAAAGCGAAA